AUGCUUCCAAACUCCAUGGAAAGAACGUUAAGAAAAGGCCAGUUAUGCUCAUUUGUGAUGGCUCCAUUGUCCUCCUUCAAUCGCUCUCCUAUAACUUCUGCGGAAUGAGCCUUCAGGAACUGAUCUGCAGAUAUUAUAUGAUUGUGACAGGACAGGCCCAGGAGGAUUCAAUGGUGCUACCAAUUUUGCAUCGCUGUUUGAGCCAUGUACUGAAAAAUGCAAAGGUCCUCUGCCGUAAACAUGCCUCAAGACAUUACCACCUGGCCAUGCAUGUAUUUGGUCGAAUGACACAGGCCACAACACUUGAAGAGAUGGAUGAGGUGCUACUCAGUGCCACGAUGGUUUUCUCAAGUUCGCACAGCGGGACUAAUGUUGAGAAACAUUUUCAAAAUCUUCAGAAAAUGUUGACUGAAAAAGGACAAUGUGGCAUUGAUGACACAGCUAUUGUGGAGCAAGACUUUGGGAAUGGAGUUGGACCAACACCAUUCCAACAUCAUUUUGAGGAUGUUAUUAAGAGGGAGGAGCUUGAAAAAGAGGGUGAUUCCAAUGUGUACUUUAGCCCAACAUUCAUCCCUACUUUGCUCAAGUAUUUUCUGCCUCAGGCUGCUCUGUGGUCUGGCCUACUUCUGGGUGACCUUGGGCGUCACGGAACGGGUCCUGUGUAUGAAAAACUGUCACAGAGGUUCAAAAGAACUGCUUGUAAACCGACCCAGAAUUACACUCAGGACAACCAGACCCAAGGGAUAAUGGAGAAAAGUCAGUGGGACUUGAAAAAGAUCCGUUUCCAGAGAAGAAGAUUGACCAGACUGGAUGAUUUUGUAUAUACCUACAAGAUCACCCUGAACGCCCUUCUUAGGGAAUACAGAGACUCUCUGAAGACAAAGAAGACACAUCGAGUGGAUGUAGAGCGGUGGAAACACAGAAAGCAAAAGAAGCAGGGAGUUUAUGUAUCACAAAUUGCCGAGCCUUUUGUUUUCAAAAACCAAAAGUCAAAGUGUAUUGUUUUUUCUGAAUCUCAGCUCAACGAAUUGUGGAAAAAAAGGGACACAGAAGUGGUUGUGUCUGUGGUCCCCUCUCACAUAACAGGGAACAGCAUACUCAUCCACCAUAGUGAGCUACGGACACUUCGGCCUCACUUCUGGAUUACAGGCGAGAUCAUUGAGAGUCUCUUCCAUCACACUGUCAACGACCUCAAUUUGGGGAGAAGAAUUUAUAUUCUCAAUCAUUACGUAGCUGGUGUGAUCCUUUUUGGGAAGAGAGAAGUGGUAAGAAGGAACAGUUUAUCCAGGACCAACUUCGACAACUACCAAGCAAUAGUCUCUUUCGUGAACUACAUCAGCAACAAGCAGCGUGUAUUUGGUUGA